GAAUCAAGCUGGAUUGGAUUAGUGGCUGAGGCCACAUUAUGAUGGCUGGUUGGUUGGUCCUGUCUGCAUGGAUACAGCAGUGUCAACAACAAAAACAACAACAACACAUCAGCUGCCAAAGCAACAAAAACAGAAACAUCUGCAGCAGUACGUCAUCUCAUCUCUCCAGACCACAUAUUUUUAAUGAUAUGUGGCCGGAUCUGUAAUCACUUUUAUUAGUGAAGGGGCUUUGUGAAGCUGCGUUUGAGUGGAUUGUGCUCCGUGAAGGUACUUUCACGUUUUCUCGGAAGUCAAGAUCUCUUUUCUGCUUUGCCUUUUCCUUUCGGAUUUAUUACAUUUUUUAAGCUCCAGUGCAGAAAUGUGUUUUGUUCUUUAGACAGAGACAGCAUUGUAGUUAAAACAUGGUUGUUCCUCUGCGUAAUGACGUGCUAUGUUUGCGGGCGAUCUUUGGGAAGAAAAGUACAAGGAACAAAGAAGUCAACCUGUUUCCUGCUUCAAGAAGAUCUUCCAAAGAAGAGGAUGUCAGAGUCUUGGUUCCCCAGAUCUUCCAAGACAAUGUGUUUAUCGAGUCCAACCGGCACAAGUACGUGGAGGACCUCCACUCCGAGGCCCAGCAGGGGCUUAAGCUCAUGCAGCUGGAAGAAAACCAGAUGGACACUGACUAUCAAGAUGACCAAAGCGUAAUUAGUGGUAUGACGUCCCAGAAUGAAGGGGGCAGCUGCAGCGAGAGGAGAAGAUCGAUCGGAUCUGAGAGCACAGCGACCGACACCAUGUCAACAGUCUCCACCAUCUCCUCAAGAUCCAUUCGGUCAGCACUCUCUCGCCAAGGGUCUACAUUCACACCCCUUAACCAAGGGAAAAAGGAGAGGACAAAGGGGCGGAGGAAACACAGGAGGACCACAGUGAUGGGCAUACCGCGGCACGUCCAGAAAGAGCUAGGACUGGACCGAGCUGCUUGGACAGCAUAUCAGAGAUCACAGGAACCAGUACCCAGUGACGACAUCACAGGCACAGCACCAGCUGUUCAUGGACCUGUGUUUGCCCCCAAGCAGACAAGCUCAGGGCAGCAGAAGGCACCAAGCCACCUACAGCCAAAGUCUAAAGAUGACCUGGCGCUCAUCCAGGUACCCCAGGGCACCUCAGGCCAGAGGCCCAUGUCAUUGGCUGUGCCGUGGGCGACCACAGCAGAGGCAGGAAGCCUCCUUCAGCACCCGCCCAGCCCUGUGAUGUACAUCUCCCCUCAGGGCACGUACAUGUCCAAGAUAAUCCCCAACGCAGUGCUGCCUCCCUCUGUGGAUGUGGUAGAGUUCAACCGCAAUCGGAGUCGCCAAAGCGUGCGCACAGUCAGCAAGUGCAGCCUGGCGUCUGCCAGCCCGGCUCCUUCCCGUGCCUCUUCUCGUGCCUCCUCUCGUGCCUCCUCCCGACGCUCCACACUCUGCUCCGAGAGUUCCGGCUGGGGCCGCUCCGCACUCUGCUCCGAGAGCUCCGGCUGGAGCCACUCCGAGAGCUCCGGCUGGAGCCGCUCCAACUCCUCAGAGACGUUGGUGUCCGACUCCUCCACCAUCUCCAGCAGCGGCACGACACGUGCUUCCAGCAGUGGGAAAGAGAGCGUCGUGGUGGCUAGGCCAGUCAAGGCAAUCGCCAGACCCAAUGGCCAGGUGAAAGCGGUGGAGGAGCGGGACCAAGCCACUGGACGGAGCUUGUCUGUGAUGAAAAGGGCCAAGAAACCACCACCCCCUAGUCGAUCCUACUCCCUGCACAAAGACAAGAUGAAGCGCCGUUCGAGGGACUUGGCUGAGGCGAAGAUAGAUUUGUCAGGAGUGACGCCUAAAGGUGGGAGGGAGAGGGCUUCUGGAGGAAGUCCGGGAUACUCUGCUGACGAGUCUGCAGUGGAGGAAUCAUUCAGCUCUGGGGCUACUAGCCCUCCCAACCCUCAACAGCAGGCAAAUGGAGAUGCUGCAAAUUCUAUUCACUCUUCACCUCUGAUUCAGCAUUCAAUUGAGACUGCUCUCAAGAGAACUUUGUCUCCCUCCAGUGGUUAUUCAAGUCAUAAUGGAACCCCAAACACUAAAGAGGCCCAUCUUCACUCUACAGGAGACCAAAGAUCUGUUAAGAGUGAGCUGACUGGUGUGUCCUCCAACCAUACCAAACCUGCUGUCCUGGCCCUGAAGGCUCUGUUUGAAAUUCCACAAUCACCCAAAGUUACAGCACCCCCACCUCCCCCUCCAGAGACUUGGGCUCACAACCAACGCACAUUUGUUCUCCUUUGUGGCCCCGGACCAGAAAACAUCAAGUUUGCAACUCCCCCCAAAAGACUGCAGGCACAGCAUGGGAAAGGGGAGGUUCCCUCUGCUGAAAGUCCCUCAAGUUUAUCAGUCGAACAACGGCAACACACUUCCACAGUUAAGGCAGAGCAGGACUCUCCCUUGAUCAGCAAAAGGCCUAAUCCAGCACCACAUAACCGAAAUGUAAUGCAGGAGCUACAGAAAGUCCAGCAAAGUCCAUUAAUGAAUAGGACACUGAAGGAUCAGUCUCAGAUGGCCUCCUCAGAGAAACCAGCUGAGGCCCCAACAGGUCCACCCCUUUCUCCCCCACUACCUCCCCCUCCCCCUCCACUGGAGAUGCCCCAGGACUGCCCUUUGACCCCGCUGGAUGAGGUGGACCUACCGCCUCCCCCACCUCUCUUCUCACCUUUGCCACCUAAUACAUCUACGAGAACAUUCCAAGGAAUGCCGCAAGGGAUCCCUCCUCCUCCUCAGCAACCUCCACCGCCUCCACCUCAACAGCCCCCACCUCCUCCACCAGUGGCGGUGCCCCCACCCAAGAAAGACGUGUCUUCUGCCCCUCAGGCUCAUGCCCAGCCUAACAUCCCCAACGCGCCCCCACUGCUAGUAAACUUCAAUACACAAUCUGCUUCAGUGACUACAAAAAACCUGAGAAAAGUUCAGCCUCCACAGAAAAAGGACCCUCCCACAACUAAUGACGACUCCUCUUCUCCUGUUGUUACCCCAUCAAUCUUGCAAAAGGUGAGACUUAGGUCUAUAAAAUCCACCCCCAAACCAGAGCAAAGCGUCACUGAGGUAGCGGCUGUUGAACAAAUACCUGCAACAAUUCAAGUUCCACCACCAAAACCAAUUAGGAGAUCACUGCUUUUGGCAGAACCACCACCUGAUGUUGCCGCUCUCAUUGCAGCUGAACCAAAGUCUCCACCAGACACGACUGAACAAAUGUCUAAAACCGAAGCUACUCCCAAGAAUUCUGAAUCAGAAGCAACAUUGUUGAAUUCUCAAUCAGAAAAACCUGUUGCAACCUCUCAACUUCCAGAUUCACAACCAGAAGGUACUGAAUUGAAAUCACUGCCAGAAUCUACUGAAUUGAAAUCACUGCCAGAACCUACUGUCUCAAUGCUUCAACCAGAACCAAGUGAACUAACAUCUCAACCAGAUCCAACAAUUGCAGAUUCUAAACCAGAACAAUCCGAUUCUAAACCAGAACAAUCAGAUUCUAAACCAGAACAAUCAGAUACUCAAUUAGAACAAUCUAUAUCCAUACCUGGCUCACAACCUGCUAUAAAAUGUGAACCAGCACCUACUGGUUUAAAAUCUGAACCAGAACAAGCUGAAUCAAAGCCAGAACUGAAUUCAGAGGCUUUAAUCGCUGAACCAGAACAAAGAACAGAAACAGCUCCACCAGAGCCACAUGUAGUGGACUCCCAGUUAGGACCUGCCAUUUCAAAAACUGACAAAACAGAACCUGAGACUUUAGAAUUGGCUACAGAACUAGUGGCUGCAAAUUCUGAAGCACUACAAGCUGUAUCCGAGUCCAAACCAGAGGCAGAAGCUACAGUGGCUCAAACAGAACAAACAGUCUCACCGUCUGAAAUAGAAUCUGUCGUUUCAAAAUCGGAACCAGAACAAGCUUCAGUACCAACUCAAUUACAGCCAAGUGAACCACCUUCCAUAUCAGAACCUAACACUUCAAAAUCUGAUCCCGAGUCCAGUUUGUCAGUGGCAGAACACACUAUAUUAAAGUCUGAUGUUGGACCAACUGUCUCAACUGAUGCACCUGAACCAGAGUCUAAACCAGAAACAACUUUAUUGACUUCAAAAUCAGAACCAGAGGCAGCAGUUUCACAGUCUGAACCAGAAUCAGUUGUGUCAGAGGUAUUACCAGCAACAACAGAGACAAAUCCUGAACCUGAACCAACAGUCUCAAAAUCUGAAUCGAUAUCCACUGCUGCGGUGUCAACAACAACAACAACAACAACAACAGCAGCCUCUAAGUCUCAGCCAGCAACUACAGUUUCGACAUCUCAGGCAGUCAGCACUGCACCAAAAACCCAAACAAACACACCCACUUCACCAAAAAAGUCCCCACCCUUUAAAUCUCCUACAGGCUCAGUCGCACCUUCCAUGAGAAUGCAGGAAGCCAUUCGCCAGAGGGCAGCAGCUAGGUCGGCAAGCGAUGGCUCUGCCAAGCGCCUCAGCUUGCAUUCCCCUCCAGCCACAGCAGGGGGCAGUCCUCUCAAGUCUCCCACCAGCACGGCCAGCUUCAUUUUCUCCAAGAGUAACAAGAAGGUGGUCAUUGAAACAACUACAUCCCCAGAGGUCCAGUCCAGCCUUAGAAGAACUCUGCAAGCAGAGCUGGCAGCUGUGCCCAAUCAGUCUAAGGCGGGUGAUGGGCAAAAGAUGUCUGUCAAGGUCCCCCCACCCGUUGCUAGCAAGCCUAGAGCCAAAAUGCAGAGUCAAAGAAAUGGAUUGCCCAAUCCGUCCGCUGAAGAAGCUGUUGCGACAGAAGUGCAAACUGCUGGCCAGGGUGCACAGUCCGAGGACUCAAGAAAUACAGCAUGAGGACUUGUCAGAGACCUGCCCUCCCCUAUUAUCUGACCAGGCAACAAUCAACCAAUUAAAAGGCGGGCAUCAGUUUUAUGCUAUGCAUAUCAUUUAAAUAGUUGCUAGGACACAAGAUGUUUUCAGUAUGCUUUUGCAAUGGUUUAAGUACUUUGGUUCUUCUGUCCAUCGUUCGACCCAAAUAAGCUGGACUACUACAAGCUGACGAGUUACAUCUCGAUAAUUUUGAAUGAGAAGUGCUGUCAAGUUGAAAAAGUUUGUUCUCUUCCAGUAUAUGUAUUAUCUAUAUAUUAAAUUCAAAUGUUUCUUUAAUAUAUAAAGAGUCACUUUUAAGAAUAUGCACUAUACUCACUACAUUAAUUUUACACACAAUUGAAUAUUUUUGUUGAAGUUGUUAACAAAAAAGGUAAAAUGAUCAUAACAUAAGUUAUUUUCUUUUCCAUGUCCAAAACUACCCUACAGAUAGAACUUUUUCUGUUGAGUUAUUGUUUUUUUUCUCCUUCAUUAGUGUUCUACUAGUUCAAUGUCUGAAUUCAAUUACAAAGCCGACUUUUUACGAGAGUAGGCCACUUUGGAUGCAGUUAUGUUGUGUUCUGAUUGAUAAAGGUCAAACUGUUUUUGAAAUGAUUUCACAACUGUCAAACCUAUUAAAUGAGCGUUCUCUUGUUCUAAAUAUGUUUAAUGUUUGACUUGAUGGAGGAUUAUUGCUCAUCACAAUAAAAUGUAUAUAUGUCAAA